CACUCACGCCGGUGCCACCCUUGGCCUGUCUUCACCUGACGUUCGCUGGAGAAGACAAUACACGGUUACCACAUCGGUUGAAUUCGCAGCUGACGAAACAAGUUUUGUUUGUUUACGGAAAUUACUCGGCGGUUCAUCUUUCUGUGGAGCCUUCGCUGGGCACUGUGCCAAGAUGUAUGACGAGGAAUCUUGCGCUCUCGUGUGUGACAAUGGCUCGGGGAUGGUGAAGGCUGGCUUUGCAGGGGACGAUGCUCCUCGCGCUGUCUUCCCCUCCAUCGUCGGACGGGCCCGCCACCAGGGCGUGAUGGUCGGCAUGGGCCAGAAGGACGCCUACGUGGGCGAUGAGGCUCAGAGCAAAAGGGGCAUCCUAACUCUCAAGUAUCCCAUCGAGCACGGCAUCAUCACCAACUGGGACGACAUGGAGAAGAUCUGGCAUCACACCUUCUACAACGAGCUUCGAAUCGCUCCCGAAGAGUCGCCCGUCCUCUUGACGGAGGCCCCAUUAAACCCGAAAGCAAACCGAGAGAAAAUGACUCAGAUCAUGUUCGAGACUUUCUGCUGCCCGGCCAUGUACGUCGCCAUUCAGGCUGUGCUGUCUCUCUACGCCUCCGGCCGCACCACCGGCAUCGUGCUCGACUCGGGGGACGGAGUCUCGCACACCGUGCCCAUUUAUGAAGGGUACGCCCUUCCACAUGCCAUCCUCCGUCUCGAUUUAGCGGGCCGUGAUUUGACCGACUACCUUAUGAAAAUUAUGACAGAGAGAGGCUACUCCUUUACUACCACGGCCGAGAGAGAGAUCGUCCGCGACGUGAAAGAGAAACUAUGUUACGUUGCUCUUGACUUCGAAGGUGAAAUGUCAGUGGCUUCGGCUUCUUCAUCCUUGGACAAGUCCUACGAGCUUCCCGAUGGCCAAGUCAUCACCAUCGGUAACGAACGCUUCCGAGCUCCCGAGUCUCUCUUCCAGCCUUCCUUCCUGGGCAUGGAGGCUUGUGGCAUCCACGAAACCGUCUACAAUUCCAUCAUGAAGUGUGACGUCGACAUCAGGAAAGACCUUUACGCCAAUACUGUUCUCUCGGGAGGCACCACCAUGUACCCCGGCAUCGCCGAUCGAAUGCAAAAGGAGAUCACAAAUCUGGCCCCGUCUACGAUCAAGAUUAAAAUCAUCGCCCCUCCUGAGCGCAAGUAUUCCGUCUGGAUCGGGGGCUCUAUUCUCGCCUCUUUGUCAACCUUCCAGCAGAUGUGGGUGACGAAGGAGGAGUACGACGAAUCUGGGCCAGCAAUCGUUCAUCGCAAAUGCUUCUAAAUCUAUUCCAUUCUAAUAUAAAACGAGUCAUUUAUCUUUUAUAGGCUAUAAA